AUGGCUAAAUGGAAGGUGGACGCUGAGAACAGGGGGUUUCAAGCCAGGUGGGAGGCAGAGUACAUGUUCACGGAGGUAAAAGGCAAACCUGUGUGUCUUCUGUGUGGAGAAAGUUUGGCUGUAAUGAAAGAAUAUAAUCUAAGACGGCACCAUGAAACUUCUAAGAAACACACAGACAAAGACAAGAAUAUGGACACGGAACAAAGGCUACAGAAGGUGGAAGAAUUAAAAUGAGGUCUUAAGUCCCGGCAGGCUCUGUUCACAAAAGCCACAUCACAAAGUGAGGCUGCUGUCAAGGCAAGUUUUAUUGUGGCAGAAGAGGUCGCAAAAUCAGCCCGGCCAUUUACAGAGGGAGAGUUUAUUAAAAACUGUGUGCUUAAAGUUUGUGACGCAGUGUGCCCAGACAAAAGGCAACUAUUUUCAAACGUGAGCCUGAGCAGGAACACUGUUGCUGAACGUGUAAACCAGCUUUCCACCAAUCUAAAAGAACAGCUUGUGGGAAAGGGAAAAGAUUUCAUCGCAUAUUCCCUUGCUGUGGAUGAGAGCACCGACACAUCUGACAUUGCCCAGCUGUCAAUUUUCAUCCGGGGAGUGGACUCCAGCCUGAGCAUAACAGAAGAGUUUUUGGCAUUACGUCCUAUGCAUGGCACAACUACAGGACAAGAUCUGUAUGAAGAGGUAUCCAGAUGUGUAAAUGAGAUGGGGCUGCCUUGGGAAAAACUCGUGGGACGGACAACAGACGGAGCACCUGCGAUGUGUGGGCGCAGGAGUGGAUUGGUGGCAAGGAUGCGUGAGAGGAUGCGGGAGGAAAACGUCACAGAUGAGCUGACAGCUUAUCACUGCAUAAUACACCAGGAGUUGUUGUGUGGCAAAGCCUUGAAAAUGGACCAUGUAAUGAGCACCAUGAUGUGGGCAGUUAACUUCAUUAGAGCCAAAGGUUUAAAUCACCGCCAGUUCAAGACAUUUCUGGGUGAGUUAGAUACAGAGUAUGGUGACUCCUAUCACACAGAGGUGCGAUGGCUAAGCCAGGGAAAGGUGCUGCAAAGAUGUUUCGAGUUGCGUGAGGAGAUCUGUCUGUUCAUGGAAAGCAAAGGGAAAGACACGACAGAGUUCCAAGAUGAAACGUUUCUGUGUGAAAUGGUGUUUUUGUGCGACAUCACGAGCCAUCUGAAUGUGAUGAACCUGCAGCUGCAGGGACGGAGGCGUGUCAUCUCUGAUAUGUACAGUACAGUGAAGGCGUUUAAAACCAAGCUGAGUCUGUGGGAGACGCAGAUGUGGAAAGAAAACUUGAGCCACUACAGGUGCCAGACCAUGAAAGAGAAGCUCUCUACUGCUGUGUUCCCAAGUGCAUAGUUUGCUGAUAAACUCAACAUACUUGCCGCCGACUUCCGACGCCGAUUUGCUGACUUUGAAGCCCAAAAAAGCAGGUUUGAACUGCUCUGCAAUCCUUUCGCAGUUGACGUGGAAAGCGCACCACCAAACCUACAAAUGGAGUUGACUGAGCUUCAGUGCAAUGACACACUGAAGGAAAAAUAUGACAGAGUGGGUGCUGCUAAGUUUGCACGUUUCAUCCCCGACACAAUGCCCCAGCUGCGCAUCCAAGCUGCUCAGACGCUCUCUAUGCUUGGCAGCACAUACCUGUGUGAACAACUGUUCUCUUUAAUGAAGCUAAACAAAACAUCACACAGGAGCCAUCUUACUGAUGAACACCUUCACUCAAUCCUGAGGAUUUCCUCAGCUCAGAGCCUGACCCCGAACAUUGAUGAACUUGUACAAAAGAUGAGACACCACCAGGUAUCAGGCUCAGCCUCAGACAAGUGA